UUGUUGGGUUUUGUGGAGAACUCUGACGUUCGAAAGGCUUGGAAGGUUUGUUUGUUAGAUUGCUUGGAAGCGACUGAUGCCACUGUUGGAGUUGAGGAUGGUUUUUAUACCAAUCCACAACACACACCCACACCAACAACUCAACCCUUCCUGCCAAGUUGCAUACGGAAUUAUUGUUCAAUUUCACUUGGUCCCAGUGAAGUCCACCCACUCUUCCCUGCUUUCGACGAGGCAGACAGUGUGUCCGUCAUACGAUGGGAAUAUUAAUGCUGGAAAUUGAAAUCGAACGCCGGUAUCAUAAACGCAUAACAAAAAACGGUACACUGAAACCAGCGGUUGACCAAUCGGUACGAUCGGUACGGACGUGAUCAUGCUAACGGUGUCAGUUACACAACUCAAGCACCACAAGAAGCGACGAACUGACCUUGACGACGUUCGGGUCCUUCCCGUUAGGUGAGUGAUUUGACAGGGCCCCUCCAGGGUACUAGUCGGAAUGUUUGCAAGGCUGUUCGCAUGGACGAUGCGAUGUCGUUGAUCGCAUUUUAAUCGUAACUCCCCCACAAUUGGCAGUAGCUGAUAAGGAACACAGGGGGGAGAGCAUCUAGAAGAGUAUAAAUAGCGAGUGUAUUCUUCAGCAAACGGUACAGUUGUUCUAUUCAAUCGAAAGCCAAUCAAACCAACCUUUAAAAAUGUUUGCCAAAAUCAUCUUCUUCUUCGGCCUGCUCGUUGCUGCUGCCUACGGCAAGCCCGUAUUUCCGCUGGCCUACUCGGCACCGCUCGUUGCUGCUCCUUCCGUAGCGGUGGCCUCUCCACUGGCCGCUCCAUUUGCUGCUGCUGCCUACACGGCGGCUGUCCCGGCAGUUUCGGCGGCAUACACGGCUUCUCCUUACGCCUACAGUGCGUAUCCUUACAGUGCCUAUGGAUCGUAUUUGCUGUAAAAUGUAUCUCAUCUGCUCAACAAGUACCAAAUGAAGCAUCGGUUGAUGGUGGUUAUGUUUGAAAUAUAAAUUUAUUGUUUGCAAGCACAA